AUGUAUAAACUAACAUUAGUCACUACAGAACGAUUAAUGAAGGAGUGGAACUCACCGAUCUAUGCUUUUUUCGAUCCCACACCCGCUAUCGAGAUCAUCCAUGGACAUCGUGCACAUGCGUUCAAGUGCAUGGCAAAGGGAUGCAAGGUCCAAAUUCAUCAGUUCCUCGAUAAGAAAGAUGCUCGCUCGACAAGUAACAUGCAAAAGCAUGUCAAGUCUUGCUGGGGGGAUGAGGUUUUGCAGGCUUGUGAUGAUGCAAAUAACGCGGAGGAAGUGCAAACCAAGAUCGUCACGAGUAUCCUGCAAAGCAGGUCAAUUACAGCGUCAUUUGAGCGUAAAAGAAAAGGAAAGGUGACCUACUCGCAUAGGCAGCAUACUCAUACCGAAAUGAAAGGAUUUCAGUGUUUAAUGAAGACUGGAAGACCGGAAUACUACAUACCUUCCCCACAAAUGAUAUCGCGUGAUGUGAAACUUGUGUUCGCACAAAUGCGCAAGCGAAUUGCUAAGAUGUUGGGAGAAUACGAAGGCAAAAUGAAUUUUACCACAGAUGCAUGGACAUCUGAGAACCACCGUCCAUUUGUUGCGUUUUCGGUGCAUCUAGAGCAUGAAGGUGUCCCGCUGAGCUUUCCAUUAGAUAUCAUUGAGGUCACCUCGUCCCACACUGGGGAGCAACUCGCGAUUGUAUUCGCAGAUAUGCUAAAGGAGUUUGGGAUAUUAGAGAAGGUAGGGUAUGAAACAGUAAAACAAAACUUACACACUGACCUGACAAACAGAUGUUGA